AUGAGGGCUGCAUUCCAGUGGCCCAGCAGCAGCUUCAGCCCCAGCAGGAGCUCCGGUGCUCCUGGCCACCAGCAAGUCCCUGGUUCUCGGUGGGGCCAGCAGCCUGUGCCCAUGAGCCCUCCUCCCCCAGCAGGAGGGCCCUCUCUGCUCAUCUUUGCCAUGCAGGGACUGCAGGCACUGCUGCCAGCAGUGGCCUUUGGAAAAUACCUGCAGUCCCACGAGAGGACAGACAUCAUCCUCGUGGCCCUCGAGGCGUUGGGAGAUGCCAGCAUCCUCGACCAGCAGGUGCCCAGCAGCCUGCUGGAUGUGGCCUUGGAAGAGCCGGACGUCUGGCUGACGGACGUGACUUGGGCCCCCCAAGCCACCUCAAGGCAGCAGAGAGGAAUGGGAAGGGCAACUGAGCACAUGGCUGCACUCCGGGGGCAGUGCCAUCCUCACCUGUAUUCCCUGCAGGGGCCCAAGAUCGUCACCAGCAUCCUUGAGAGCCUGCCAUACUGCAGCACACAGGCAGCGUGGGAGAAAGUGGAGUCACUCCUUCGCCUGAUGACCAACCUGUACCCCACCACAGUGGUCAUCCUCCUGUGCAAGGCGGCUCUUCAAGGAGACAGCACUGCGCCGGAGCUGUGGGAGCUGAUGUCCUCCAUGCCGGAGAUGCUGGCCAAGAUCUUGGAGGGCUUUGCCAACCUGCUGUGCACACAGUGCUUCCGCUGCUCCGCAGAAGGCCCCCGCACCCAGCCCAUGGCUUCAUCCUCCAGGAAGGCUGAGUUGGAGGAGUUGGCUGACGAGCCCGACCUCGAGAGCCAUCAGGGCUGUCCAAACGUCAGGACGGCCGGGCUGCUGCUGGAAGGGCUCGUUGGGCUGUCACAGAGAGCCGAGAUGGCCAGAAACAUCGAACUCUUCCUGCCGGGCAUGAUGAAGAUCCUGCAAGUUGGCAGCGAAGAUGCCAAGAUGAAGAUCCUGCUGGCCUUGCGAAACGUUCUGUGUCAGCUGAAGAAGAGCAAGGCCAGCUUCAUCGCUGUGCAGCUUGUGGGGAGGCUCCUGCCCCUCUUUGACUCGGAGUGCAGCGAGCUGCGAGAGCUGUCCAUCCGCAUGCUCGCAGAGCUGCUGCAGUUCGUGGUCGGCAGGGAUGAGAAGAGGAUGAGGAAGGAGGUGUGGCGAGCACUGGUGCCUCUCCUCUUUCGCAUGAAUGACCAGGUCCCCAGCGUGGCCAAGGUACAGGUUUGA